AUGCCGUAUCUCACCACCAACGACGGCACCGAGAUCUACUACAAGGACUGGGGCCAUAAGGAUGCUCCUGCGACUGUUGUCUUUUCCCACGGCUGGCCGCUGAACGGUGACAACUGGGAGAAUCAGAUGUUCUUCCUGGCCAGCAAGGGGUUCCGGGUCGUUGCCCACGACCGUAGAGGGCAUGGCAGAUCUAGCCAACCUUGGGCGGGCAACGACAUGGAUACUUAUGCCGACGACCUCCUGCAAUUGUUCGAACACCUCGACUUGAAGGAUGUCAUGAUGGUUGGUCACUCGACAGGCGGUGGGGAAGUCGCGAGGUUCCUGGGCCGUCACGGCUCCAGCCGAGUCAAGAAAGCGGUCCUGGUCAGCGCAGUGACGCCGCUCAUGCUCAAGACCGAAGCCAACCCCAAGGGCACGGCGAUCGAGGUCUUCGACUCCUUCCGAGCCGCCAUGAUCAAGGAUCGCUCACAGUUCUUUAUCGACGUCCCCUCUGGCCCGUUUUUCGGGUUCAAUCGUCCCGGCGCCAACGUCUCCCAGGGCCUCAUUCAGUCCUGGUGGCAGCAGGGAAUGAUGUGCGGAUUCAUCAACUCGUACGAAUGCGUCAAGGUUUUCUCCGAGACAGACAUGACCGAGGAUCUGAAGAAGAUCGACAUUCCCGUAUUGGUGAUGCACGGCGACGAUGACCAGGUUGUGCCGAUUGAGGCGAGUGCACUCGAGGCGAUCAAACUGUUGAAGCAUGGGAAGUUGGUGGUGGUUAAAGGGGCGCCUCAUGCGUUGCCGAACAUCAAUGCGGAGGAGCUGAGCGCCGAGCUGUUGAAGUUUUUAGAGGAGAAAUGA